AUGGGAUUUUUUAUUCGAGCUCUCCAUAAUCACAUCGGUGAACUUCAUGCACAGCAGUUCUCUAGACACUCGUCUUCAAAUUCAUUUAUUGUUUAUCGUGGUCAAGGACUCUCAGGGAUGGACUUUGAUGAACUGGUCAAGACACCAGGUGGACUUUUAUCAUUUAAUAAUUUUUUAUCGACUAGCCUUGAUCGAGAAGUAUCACUUAUCUUUGCUGAUAGUAAUCAAAGUGAUCCCAAUCUAAUAGGUAUUCUCUUUGAAAUAACUAUCAAUCCAUCAGCAUCAACCACUGCUUUCGCAAACAUUCGUGACGUCAGCUAUUUCAAAGGAGAAGACGAAAUUCUCUUUUCCAUGCAUUCCAUUUUUCGCAUUGGAACAAUAAAACAAAUCGAUGGAAAUGAUCGUCUUUGGCAAGUCGAGUUAACAUUGACCAGUGACAACGAUCCAGAACUGCUUGCACUUACCGAACAAAUGCGCAAAGAGAUUUAUCCCCAUCUCGACGGAUGGAAUCGUUUAGGCAUGCUACUAAUUCAACUUGGACAACUCGACAAAGCUCAAGAGGUAUACAAUACUCUGCUUGGUCAAAGUACGAAUGAUCGGGAAAAAGCUACUAUUUAUAAUGGACUUGGAAGUGUCAAGACUGCCCAAGGUGAAUAUAAAGAUGCCGUCGCCUACUAUCAACAAAUAAAUAAUAUACUACAGAAAAUUCUAUCUCCAACAGAUGCCGAUUUGACUAUCUCUUACAAGGAUAAUGGUUCAGUGUAUACUAACAUGGAAUACUAUUCGAGUGGACCUUCCUCUCAUCAAAAAACACUGAAAAUCAAACAAAAAACUGAUUCUUCAAUUCAUCUUGAUUUGGCUGCUAAUUAUAACAAUAUUGGUUUAGUGUAUGAACAUAUGGGUGACUAUUCGAAUGCACUAAGUUUUUAUAAAACAGCACUGGAAAUCAAGCAAAAAAUCCUUCCUUCAGAUCAUCGUGAUUUAACUGCUACUUACAACAACAUUGGUUCGGCGUAUAGCAACAUGGGUAACUAUUCGAAAGCACUUUCGUAUUAUGAAAAAGACCUCGAAAUAUGCAAAAAUACUCUUCCAUCGAAUCAUCCUAACUUGUCUACUUCUUACAACAACAUCGGUAUGGCAUAUUACAAUCUGAAAGACUAUUCGAAGGCACUUUCAUAUUUACAAAAAGCGCUAGAAAUUUUCAAAAAAAGUCGUCCUUCAAAUCAUCCUCACUUGGCUAAUUCAUACAACAAUAUCGGUUUGGCGUAUUCCAACAUGAAUGACGAUUCGGAGGCACUUAUAUAUUAUCAAAAAGCAUUGGAAAUCUGCCAAAAACGUCUUCCUACAACUCAUCCUUAUUUUGUUAAUUUAUACAAUAAUAUCGGUUUGGCGUAUUACAAUAUGAGAGACUAUUUGAAGGCACUUUCAUAUUAUCAGAAAGCACUUGAAAUCGGCGAAAAAACUUUUCCUUCAAAUCAUCAUCAUCUGGCUACUUCUUACAAAAACAUCGGUUUAGUGCAUGACAACAUGGGUAACUGCUUGAAGGCACUGUCAUCUCAUCAAAAAGCACUGGAAAUUCGUCAAAAAACUCUUCCGGCAGAUCAUUCUGAUUUGGCUACUUUUUACAACAACAUUGGAGGGACGUAUUCGAACAUGGGUGACUAUUCAAAUGCACUUUCAUUUCAUCAAAAAGCAUUGGAUAUUCGUCAGAAAGCACUUCCUUCAGAUCAUCCCGAUUUUGCUAAUUCUUACAACAACAUAGGUUCGGUGUAUUUCAAUAUGAGUGACUAUUCGAAUGCACUCUUAUAUCAUCGAAAAGCACUGGAAGUCUUCCAAAAAAGUCUUCCUUCAGAUCAUUGCGAUUUGGCUACUUCUUACAACAAUGUUGGUUUGGUAUAUUUCAACAUAGGCGACUAUUCAAAUGCACUAUUGUCACAUCAAAAAGCUCUGAAAAUUUGGCAAGAAGUUCUACCUUCAAAUCAUCCUGAUUUGGCUGAAUGCUACAAUAAUAUUGGUUCGGUGUAUUUCGAGAUGAAUGAUUGUUUGGAGGCACUUUCGUUCCUUAAAAAAGGACUCAAUAUCAAACAAGAAACUCUUUCUUCCAAUCAUUCUGAUUUGGCUCAAUGCUACAACAAGAUUGGUUCGGUUUAUGACAAUCUGGGCGAUUAUUCAAAUGCACUUUCAUGGUAUCAAAAAUCACUGAACGUUGAACAAAAAAAUCUCCCUUUGAAUCAUCAUGAUUUGGCUACUUCAUACAACAAUAUUGGUUUAGCAUAUUUCAACAUGGGUAAGUACUCGGAAGCACUUUCAUCUCUUCAAAAAGCACUGGAGAUCGAACAAAAAAAUCUUCCUUCAAAUCAUCCUGAUUUGGCUCAAUGCUACUACAAGAUUGGUUCGGUGUAUGAUGAUAUGAAUGAUUAUUUGAAUGCACUUUCAUUUCAUCAAAAAGCACUUGAAAUCUGGGAAAAAGCUCCACCUUCAAAUUAUCUUUAUUUAGUUACUUCUUACAACAAUAUGAGUCUUGCGUAUUUCAAAAUGGAUGACUACUUGAAUGCAGUUUCAUUUAGUGAACGAGCUCUCACAAUAUUAGAAAAUUCACUACCUGAAAAUCAUCCUAACGUUCUAUCUGUGCGAAGAAACCUCAAAUAUUUUAAAACAAAAUUGUAA